AUGCACUCGACACUUGUGCGUCUACAGAAUGUCUUUGGCUUCUUCACCACGGUCGCUUUCACAGUCGCGAGCGUCAUUGCACUGAGUAGCUUCAUCUCCCCACAGAACCCGUCAGCCAGCAUAGCGCUGCAGAAUGUACAAUUGGUAAUGGGGCGGCCGCAUUACUACUCACCCAAGAGGGAGGAAUACGCGCAUAUCAAGUUCGACCUCAACGCUGAUCUCAGCUCGCUCUUCAACUGGAACACCAAGCAAGUCUUCGUCUACCUCAAAGCCGUCUACCCCUCAACACGCGCCUCAGAACCGCCGUCCGAAGCCAUCAUCUGGGAUGCCAUCCUCGCUUCCAAGUCGGCGCCCUGGCACACGGGCUACUUUGUUCACCCCGACAAGAAGUCGAAGCUGCCCAAGCAAUCCGCCAAGAAGCGCGCCGCGUCCAAAUCAAAGACGACGUCGCCCUACCCCAUCGGCGAACUGCACCUCGAGAACAACAAGCCCAAAUACAAGAUCACCGAUAUAACUGGCAAGCUGGGCAACAGGACGGAUGUCACAUUGGAGCUAGGAUGGAAUGUGCAGCCAUGGGUCGGCGCAUUGACCUGGACGAAUUGGAACACGGUCGGUGCAUGGCGCGGUUUGGAGGGAGGCAGGAGCAAGGCGUUUACUUUCCCCGAGGUUGGUGCCAAGGCGGCAAAGCCCAAGGAUUUGGAGACUGAGAAGGGUGCCGAAGGUUACAGAUUGGUGGUUGGUGAGGAAGUCCCGCUGAAGAAGGCAGUCGUUUAG